GAGCGCUUCCCGCUCUGCGCGGAGCCGCGUCUAUUAAGCGCGACGGGGUCGGGACUCGGGAGCGGUAGCAGUGGCGGGCGCUGAGGAUGCCGCUCUUUGGAGUUUAUUGCACUCGAUUAGGGAUCGUUUCUCAGAAUCAAGGAGUUAGAAGUGAGAUUUGAGAUAAGUGAGGCCCAUCCAGUGCUGCUUGGGACGCCUCAGAAGGGAAAAUGGAGUUUUCAGGAAUGAAAAAGAAGAGUUUGCUAGGAUUCAAAGAAAAUAAUAAAAAAUCCAGCACUAGGGCUCCCUCUCCAACCAAGCGCAAAGAUCGGACUGAAGACAAAUCCAAGGACAGAUCCAAGGACAAAGUGUCCACCAAGGAAUCAAGUGAAAAGGAUCGUGGUCGGGACAAAACACGCAAAAGGCGCAGUGCUUCCAGUGGUAGCAGCAGUACCAGGUCCCGCUCCAGCUCCACUUCCAGUUCAGGGUCCAGCUCCAGCACUGGUUCCAGCAGUGGGUCCAGUUCCUCCUCUGCAUCAAGCCGCUCUGGGAGCUCCAGCACCUCUCGUAGCUCCAGUUCCAGCAGUUCCUCUGGAUCCCCAAGCCCAUCUCGACGUAGACAUGACAACAGGAGACGUUCCCGCUCCAAGUCUAAGCCACCCAAGAGAGAUGAAAAAGAGCGGAAGAGACGAAGUCCAUCACCCAGACCUACCAAAGUGCAUGUUGGGAGACUCACCAGAAAUGUGACCAAGGAUCACAUCAUGGAAAUAUUUUCCACUUAUGGGAAGAUUAAAAUGAUUGACAUGCCAGUUGACAGGUUAAAUCCACAUCUCUCCAAGGGUUAUGCCUAUGUGGAGUUUGAGAAUCCAGAUGAUGCUGAAAAGGCGCUGAAGCAUAUGGAUGGAGGACAGAUUGAUGGUCAGGAGAUCACUGCUACAGCUGUACUGGCACCUCGGCCUAGGCCACCUCCCAGGCGCUUUAGCCCACCAAGGAGGAUGCUGCCGCCACCACCAAUGUGGCGUAGGUCACCACCUCGCAUGAGGAGAAGGUCCAGAUCUCCAAGACGCAGGUCCCCUGUUCGCCGACGGUCAAGAUCCAGAUCUCCAGGUCGAAGACGUCAUCGCAGCCGCUCCAGCUCAAACUCUUCACGAUAAAGCGAAAAAGACUGGACAGCUUUUUAUUUUUUAACUUAAAUCCCACCAGACUAAAUAUUGUACCUUUUUUUAUAAUGGGCCUGGGUAAGGGGAAGUGAGAGAAAUCGAAACCUGGCAGUGAAGGGAAACUAAGAGGAGGGGUUUCCUGGCCAUUAGGCAAUCUGUGCCUUGCAGCUUCUA